AUUUAAUUCAUUUAUUCCGCCCAAGAAGUCACUAAAAAAGCGGCAAUGAAAACACUGCACAUUGCACUAUCACCCACUCCCAAUUUACUACUACCACCAAUCUCUCCAAAACCCCAUUAUUUUGUGCCCAAGAAACACCCUUUUAUUCAUCAAGAUUCAAUUUUUACAGCCCAGAAAAAUAAAACAAACAACCCCUUAAUCAUAUCAUCAUCAUCAAUGGCUGCAACAGCAUCAGACACAAAUGAAACCAAGAAGAAGCCAUUCUCUGUGUUGUUUGUGUGUCUUGGCAAUAUCUGUAGAAGCCCAGCUGCUGAGGGUGUGUUCACUCAUCUUGUUAAACAAAAGGGUCUUGAUUCAGACUUUGUUAUUGAUUCUGCUGGCACCAUUAAUUACCAUGAGGGCAAUGAAGCUGAUCCAAGAAUGAAGGCUACUUCUAAAAGGCGAGGAAUUGAGAUAACUUCGCUAUCAAGACCGAUAAGACCCUCUGAUUUUAAAGACUUUGAUCUAAUUCUUGCCAUGGACAAGCAAAACAAGGCUGAUAUACUUGCUGCUUUCGAGAGGUGGAGCUUUAGGGAGACCUUACCUGCUGACUCGUAUAAGAAGGUAAAGUUGAUGUGCUCGUAUUGUAAGAAGCAUAAUGAAACUCAGGUCCCUGAUCCUUAUUAUGGGGGACAACAAGGUUUUGAGAAGGUUCUUGAUUUACUUGAAGAUGCCUGUGAAUCACUUCUGGAAAGCAUUCUGGCAGAGAAAACUAGCUCCUAAAUUCUUGGAUACCAGAGAAAGUCUAUCAGUCAAUAGACUGUCACUAUUGAAAGAUUCAAUCAAAUGUGAUUAAUGUCAGAUAAUUGUUAUCAUAUGAAACACACAAGAAACCAUUCUGUCUUGUUUGUGUGUCUGGGUAACAUGUGCAGAAGCCCAGCUGCUGAGGGUGUUUUAACUCAUUUGGUUAAAGAAAAGGGUCUUAGUUCUAACUAA